AGUGUCGAAUCUCGUACCUACAGUCUUCAUGGUCGCAGCAUCAUGUGGAAAACGUAGAACUCGAUUUGACUCCUAUCGAUCUAUCGAGGUCCAGGUCUGCGGCGAUAUAUGUCGAACCUUUCGAAGCACUUAACAUGGCAGUAUUCACAGACGAGGCGCUACAGUGGUGCUGAGCGGUUUGGGUGGCAGAAGGUGACUCGUUGAACACUAGCGUACUCGUGGUGUUUGAACAUGACAUCCAAAUACGAAUCGACCAACUCUGUCAAUAGUAAUGAAGAGCCAACAAAGCAUAGGAAUGGAACGUCAUUUAUUUAUGUUUUGACAUUUCUCAGUACAAUCGGUGGUUUCUUAUUUGGCUAUGAUACAGGUGUUGUAUCUGGCGCUAUGCUUCUCAUUCGGGAUGAAUUUGAAUUGACUACAGAAUGGCAUGAGGCUAUAGUCUCAGUCACUAUUGGUGCCGCUUGGCUCUUCGCUCUUAUAGGAGGCUGGCUGACAGAUACGAUGGGUCGGAAACCUGUCAUAUUGAUAGCCAGCAUAGUCUUCACUGCUGGGUCUGUUGUAAUGGGCCUUGCGAGUGUCAAGGAAGUUCUUUUGGCGGGGCGCAUUAUUGUUGGUAUUGGAAUUGGAAUAGCCAGCAUGAGUGUUCCAGUAUACAUAGCAGAAAGUGCCCUACCUGAAUCUCGAGGACCUCUUGUUACUGUAAACACAUUGUGUAUCACCUGUGGGCAGUUCAUUGCUGCUGCAGUUGUGGACUUUUAUACACACCAAGAAGGAUGGAGAUACAUGUUAGGUUUGGCUGCUGUUCCUGCUGCCAUUCAAUUCUUUGGAUUCCUGGGAAUGCCAGAAAGCCCAAGAUGGUUGGUUUCAAAAAAAAGAUAUGAUGAAGCAAGCAAAGUGUUGCGUUCAAUUCGUGGACCUGAUUUUCCUAUUGAAGAAGAACUCGAAAGCAUGAAAAUUUCAUUUUUACAACAGGAAACAGAAAGCCUGGUACAGAAGCAGUCUGUGUGGUUACAAGUUCUUCGUUCCCCUUCUACUAGAAAAGCUUUAGUUCUGGGAUGUAUGCUUCAAGGAUUCCAGCAAUUAGCAGGAAUCAAUACUGUCAUUUCGUGUUCAACAUGUGUGGACUCCAAAGAGGGCUGUGGAUUUUGCUUCUUAGAUACAGAUUCAGAAGUAUUGAAUGGUACAUGUUGGCAUAUGAUUGAUCAGAAAUAUCCCUUUGAAGGCCCAUGCAACAAAAAUUCAACUAGUAGUGGGCCCAAAUUUACUUGGGCAUCUGGAUGGUGCCCUUCCAAAUACUCAUGGAUCACAGUUACUGCUCUUGGCAUUUAUCUCCUUUUCUUUGCCCCAGGAAUGGGCCCAAUGCCAUGGACAAUUAACUCAGAAAUUUAUCCAAUGUGGGCUCGGAGUUUUUGCAACAGUGUUGCUACUUCAACAAAUUGGAUAUUUAAUUUGUUGAUUUCUAUGACCUUUUUGUCUCUUACAGAAUUAUUGACAAAACAAGGAGCAUUUUAUCUGUUUGCUGGCUUGGCUGGUUUGGGAUUAUUGCUGUUAUUUUUUAUGCUCCCUGAAACAAAGGGGAAAACUUUGGAAGAGAUGGAGACAUUGUUUUCUGGUCCCUGGUGUUCAAGAGGGUCUGCAUCACAUUCUAAGAAUGUUCAGUACGUACACAUCAGGGGUUUGAACCGGGACUGUCGUGAAGAUGGAGAAUAUAGUGGGGACAGUGAUAGUUAAUACACUACGAAAUAACAGUUUUCUGUAUGCUCUCCCAACCUCUCGGGCUGAUAACAACUUUGAAUGCAGAUUGUCUGAGUGAUGUUUUACAGACAUAAAAUUGACCAAAACAGUUGGGUCCAAACUACAUGCAUUUUUACAGCAUGACCUUAUCCAAAUUAUGAAUAAUAAUUUAAUAAUCAGGUUGUAAAAGUGCAUUUCUAGAAAUGUAAUGCUAUGGUGCUUGGAUAUUGUGUAUAGGGAUUAUAUAUAUAUAUAUAUAUUAUUUUUUAAGUAUAUGGAUUCUUGUUUUAAAAUGUAUGAAUGUAGGAUUGUUUGUAUAUGUGUGCUGUGGUUCUUGUUGCUAAAGCAUGUAUUUCGUUACAUAUUGUUAAAUGUUAAAGUAGUUUUUGAAUUUCGUAGAUUUAUAGAUUUUUAAACAAUUUUUUCUUAUACUUCAUAUUUUCUAGUUUUAUUUAAAAAGUCAUGAAAUUAAGAUCUUAAGUAUAUGGCCCUAGUAUGUACUGCAUGUUUUGUUGACCCAUUGAAGUACACAACUUCUGUUAGUUACUCAGUGAUUACGUCUUAAUAUUUAAUUUCCUUUCCUUUUUUUUUUUAUAAAGGAUUAGUACUAUAAUGUCAAUAAUGCUUUUUAAAAAUUCUAAUCUCUCUGGAGAUAGUUAAAAUAUAAAAGAUACCCAUAAUUUCUUGAAGUAUAUUGCACUUUUCUCAUAGAAUUCAAUGUGUCAUGUGUUCAUAUCUCAGAAUUAGAAUUACAAGAACAAACAGCAUGUUAUUAGAAAGAGAGGCUUAAUUGUUGAUGCUAGCAAGAAGAGACCAUUAAAAAUUGAAUACUUACACAAUUUAAUUUCAUAUUUAGUGUUGUAGGUGAGAUUUGUUGAUUAUGUGGGGGAAUAAUUCCACAUACUAUAAUUUCAAAGUAACAGAAAACAAGUAGUGAAUUUCUCCUGAGUAGGUAAAAUAGUUUUCAAAACAUUUUAUGAAAUAUUUCUUACGUUGAAGUAACCAUAUAUUUUUAUGGAAUUGAAGAAUAUUAGUCCAUACUUAAUAAAAAUUGUAAAAUAUUUUUUAUUCCAUUUUGUUAAUAAUUGCAGAACUUAAUUGCUUUCCUUUCUGCUUAGUAUAACCUAAAUGAAUGCCUUACUUUGGCCAUGUGUGGAAGUAAUCUCAAAAUUUGUGUAUGUGCUUUUCAUAGAGAAGAAGGAGGUUAUUAGCUCAAUUAAAUAUUAGUGUUCCUAAUUAUAUGCGUAGAUACAAGAUAAAUGUUGGUAGCUUUUUGUAUAAUAAUAAUAAGAAGAAGACUGUUAUGUUAUUAGGACUUGCUCAGUUGCAUAAUUUAUUUAUUACUUUGAAUGUGUUUAUUAAUUUUAACAUUCAUUGCAGUACAUAUUCAUUUACGUCAUGGAAUUUAAUAAGUGUCAAUUUUUGUGCUUUCUGAUUCAUCUGAAGCUUUGUAGAAAUAAAUGUGGCACAAAAAAGCAUUUAUUAACAUCAAUUCUGUAAUUUGGUAAAAUUUUUUGUGAUAGUGAUAUAUUUUGUGCUAUUUGUAGAAAGAAUGCUAAAGAUUUGCUUCCUAUUUCAUGGUAGUAAAGUUUAAUGUAAUAAUACAUUAUUUUACUCACAAUUAAUAAAUAAGAAGUAACACUGAAAGUCAAAAGAUAAGGUAAAUGUUAAUCAUGUUUAAAAAAGUGUUUAUUUGAGUUUGUUCAAUAAGCAACUAACUUUUCUAUUCUUAUUUAACAGAAAUUAUUUAUUUGGAUGUCCAUACAAAAUAUGUUCAGUUUGAGAACUUUUAAAUUUUAUGUCUAGUACAAACAAAAAUCAAAAAUUCAUAAUAAUGAUCAGUAUUACUAUAUGAAAGUUAAUUUAAAUGUAAUUUAAUUUGUUUCUAAUAUUAAUAUUUUACAAUCAUUUUGUUUUGUUCAGUGUAUCAUCUGUAAUGUUUAUCUUAAUGUUUACAAAAAGAAGAAUAUUGCAAUCAUUAUAAACAGGGUAUCCUACAGUAGAAGAAAAAGUGUCUAGUUGUAGUUUUAAUCAUUACAUUGUUUUCGAGAUCUUUUACCAGCAUUACUAUCAUAAUCAUUCCUGCUAUCUUAUCAAUCAAGUAAUCAAUCUCAAACCCCAUCUUAGCCGCCACCAUCAUUGAUGCCAUCACAGUCACUCAUUCUUAAGUCGUUUCAUUGAAAUGUUUUGCUAAUUGCCUAAUGAUUUAACUUAUCUUGUAUCAGAACAAUACCAGCUGUUUUGGGGAACUCAAUGGUUGGCCAUUCUAUUUGAGAUUUUGUGAAUGUCAUAUGAACCUGUGCAAGUGCCUUGGCUCAGGUUUUGAUAACUUCUGUGAAUAAUGAUAACAUUAUCCAUUAGUUAAUUGGUUACUAAAUUUUCUGUUAACAUAUUCUUUCUUGGUUUCUGGUUUGUCAGUGAUCCUCUUUUAUUCAAAUUGUUUAAUUUAUAUUGACAAAGGGCAAAUUUCUGGGAUUAUGCAUAUCAUUUCUAACAAUUUGUUGAGAUAAUGUUAUGUUUAAAACUUACUAGUUAUCAUUUCUAACCAUUUGUUGAGAUAAUGGUAUGCUUAAAACUUACUAAAUUAUCUUUGGAAAAAUGUUUCUGAGUAAUGUUUUCAAUAACAAAGAAAGAAAGAAAUUGUUCUGUUAUAAAAUACGUGUGGAUUGUAGAUUUAUGUUCUGCAAUUCGUUCAGUAAUGUUUCUGACAGACAAGUUUUCACACUUUCCUUGCUUGAUAGAUUUAGUUCAAAGUCAUAGGAUUUAUAUUUUCAUAGUCAGUUCAAAGUCUUGUUUUUCAGAUCAAUGUAAUUCCCAGAGUUUUUUCAGUUUUCUGUAAAGUGGUCACCCAGAGUUCUAUAGCAAAAAUUAUUUUUUAUUAGUUUCACUUAAUAUGUUCCUUCUAAUUUUUCUUUCUGAAGCGCUAAUCCAUGAUCUAGUACUUACUCUGAACUUUAAAAAUAUUUUGUAAGGUACAGUGACCCAAAUAACUUAAUUUGUUUAUUAAACAUAUUAUUUCUCAGAUCAUCUUUGGUUGUAGGUGGUUAAGUUGUUUAUUUUAAAUUUUGCAGAGUGCAGUUGCAAACCUUGCAAUCACGAUUGGAAACAAAAUUUCAUUUCAAUGAUCUUAUGGUUGAAAAAAUUAUUUUGUUAGACUAAUUACAAUAAAUCUGUUAGUAUUUUUGGAUUUCGCUGUGUUGGACCAUCUUUCCCUCCUAAUCAACAUGUAAAUGAUGGGAGAGUACAAGAAUGCAGUAUGUGUCUGACAAAUCGGUAGUUGCCUUUGUCUCAUUAAGGUGACACUAGCAGUGUUAAUAUUCCUCUGACAAGGGCUGACAAUUCCUUUGGAGAGUGCAAGGUUUUCCAUCCACAAGAAUAAAAGAUUGCAUCUCUGAGGAGUUCUCCUGGAUUAUCUUACAAAAGAAUUUGUCCAGUCCUUAGGUUGUAGAAAUUGAAACAAGUGUUUGUAUUCAACAAUGUUCUGAAUUUGUUACUCAUAUGUGAAAAUGUAUGUGAUGUUGAUUCACAUUUCUUUAUGCUUAUUAGUCAAAAAAUUGAAAAGACAUUUGUGUUUUAUUAUGAAAAAAAAUAGAAAAAAUAAUGUGUGUAAACAUAGUUUUAUUGAAACAGUCUCAUGUUUUAUACAAUGUGUUCAUAAUGCUCUACUUUUAUUCGUUGUAUUGAACACACUUUAAUGCAAAAUUAGAAAUACUGUUCUAAUAUGGUUAAAAUAAUAAUCUUUCUGGGUUGCUAUUUCCAAUUACUUGUUACUGAUUUACUUCCAAAGUUAAGAGUCUCAUUAUACUUGAAAUGACUUCUCCGGAAAUAUCCUGAGACAUUGCUGAUCGGUAUUUUAUCUUUGUAGUGAUCUCAACUUAAAGAAAAUCCUAGUCAAAUACAUUGAUUUAUUUGGAAGAUAGCAUUUUUCCAUGAAUUUAUCUUCAAAUGUCUUAUCUUUAUUUAUGGAUGUGACAUGAAAGUUCGGGGGAAAAAUACUUUUAUGCACUAGAAGACAAAUGAAUUCACAGCAUUAUCGUAUAAGUGAUGAGCAAGUAGAGUGUUUCUGUGCACCAUAUGAACCAUUUUGUUUGUUGACAAACCUCUUCAGAUGUACUUACACUAGAAACCAGAUAAGUUCAGAAUCAAGCUCUUCUUUAUCAUAAAUAGCCAUCACUUCACAAAGUGAACCCUUGUUGACUUUUGUGAGUUAGUUUUUGUUCCAAGGUCUUUUCCUGAAACACUGGGGAAACAUUCUACACAUUAUAUUUGUGUAUAGGUUAUUCCAGGUGUUUUUAAUAUCCUCUAAUCGGUUAUUUCAAGUGUCUUGUAAUUAGGAUGUCUUAUGUUCUAAUAAUCACAGUUAAGUAGGGACCAACAAUAAAUCUUUGAAGAUGUUUGAUGUUGAACUCAUCAAAAGAGAAAAAUUAUUUCUUACAGUUCACAAAAUAUUCCCUGAAAAUUAUGGACUUGAAUACCUUUGUACAUACAGUAAGUACAUGUGUAAGAGAAUCAAAUUCUGUUACAAAUUUUUCUAUUGUUUCACAUUUUUCAUGUUCUUAUUGUUUUUAAUAUAUUCAAUAGAGACCUUUGCGUUACAAUGUUCUAUUGUUGUAAAGUUGUUGUGGGAAAGGUACUUUCAGACCAUGACACAUGUAUUCUUUGCACCCUUGUUAGAAUAAAGAAUCUAUGUUUAGAGAGUUUUCUUAAAGCAACGACAACUUAUUUUUUUAUUAAAUUUAAAUUCCUACUGAUUAUUUUGCAGUGAUAAAAGUCAAAGUUAUUACUGCUAAAUACUGCUUCUUUCUCACUUUUCAAAUGCUGCAAAUAUUAAGGAUUUUGUGGAAAUAAAUUUUAACUCAGUAGAGAUAAAUAAGUAAUAAAAGUGAUAAAUAAGUUAUAAAAUACAUAAAUUGAAAAUUCAGCCAGUCCAUUAAGUUGUUUUAUUAUAAAUAAAACAAACCAAAAAAAAACUUCACUAGUCUCUUUUCAUUUUCUUGAAAUUUCAUUUGUCAUUCUGACACAAAUUUGGAAUACAUUUUUUUUUAUUAUUGUAUUAGGCUUGCUUUUUAGGUCCAUUUUCAAUAGUUGAUUUGGAAGAGUAGAAAAUCUGUUGUUGUUAUAUUUAGUGUAUUCAAAGUAGUAUAUUUUAUGUAUAUUAAUUAUUUACGUUAUUCAAUUCAAACAUAGAUCGCAAAUUUAAGUGAGUUUGUUAUUUGAUUUAGUUAUUGUCUAAUAAAUUAUUAUUACAGUAUACACAUUAUUACAGUAAUAAACUUAGCCCUGUCUUAAGGCAGCUUGAAAUGUGAAAUUGUGGUUAAACAUUAUUGGGAGACUAUCCUACACAACCAUUGGUGAUACAAAAUACAUGGUAACUUUGUUGUUGCAUCUAUUUGUACACAAUUUAUUAGUACACAUGAUUUGCAACUUGUAUUUUGAUGUUCUCUGUUGAAAAUUCCUUUUAGUUAUAUGAUUUUAAAUGAUUAUUUCAGUGGCAAAAAAGAAUAUGGAUGAAAAAGAUAUCAAGAUAUGCAUCAGUAAAAUGAGCAUCAAAUGUUACCAUACUUUUUGAGUUUGGAGUCUGAAAAGAAUAGGAAUAUAACAACAUAUUAUCUUGUAGAUGAUUUUCAUAUGAAAUUGACCUUGAAUGGACCUUUUUAAGUUUUCUUUAAAUAUGUUCAUCUUUUCAAAUACUUUAUUUAAAUGAGAAUAUAUAAUAAUUCAUCUACAGCUUAAAAUAUUAUUAUAAAACAUUUCUAAUGUGUAUUUAUUGUGAUGAUAAUGCACAUAUUCUUAUUACUUGGUACUAUUCACUAUUUCAACAAAUUUAAAAUAUUUAAACUACAUGGAAAAGAUUAAUUUGAGAAUAUUGCAUAAGAUCAAUUUAAUUGUAUUACUUAUCCCUUCAGCUUUUACAGAAAAUGUCUCAUUGUAUUCCAGAUAUUCAUGAUUCAUUCUAAAAAGUUUGAAGUGAAUGAAAUGACCGAAAGUACAAAUAAUACUUGUGAGCUUUUCUGAAGAAUAAAAAGGAAACAAAUAAGAAAAUUAAUAAUAAUAAUAAUAAUAAUAAUAAUAAUAAUAAUAACAAUGAUGAUAGUAAUUACAAUAGUAAUAAGAAGAAGAAGAAAAAAGGAAAAGAAGUAGGAAAAGGAGAAGACUACAACAGAUAAGAAAAAAGAGACGGAUAAGGAGAGGAAUAAGGAGACAUUGACGGAUAAGGAUAUGGGGAUGGAGACGGAAAAGGCAAACAAAUAAGGAGGAGAUGAAUAAAUAAUAGAAGAAGAGAAGAACAUAAAGAGAGGAGUUUUUAAUUAAUCUAUGGCUGAAGGAAAAAUUUAUACUGUUUGCUUAUAAAUUGUAUUUAUUGUGGCAGCGUGAAUAAUACUUUUGAAUUAAAAUAAGGAGAAAAUAAAGCUGUAUGGAAGAAAAAAAAUUACAAUAAAGUACCACUUGAAGAGACAACACUCAUUUUACUGCAGUGAAUGUAUUGUAAUAACGAGAGAAUCAUAUAUAUUGACCUUGUUGUAAAUGCAAGAAAUAUACUUUUUGAAAAAGCAGAUUUCACGGUUCAAAAUCUUUAAUAACUUAUAAAUAAAUUUAAAAAAAAAAAUUUAAAAAAAUUGGAUAAAAGCACAACUUACUGUACUCGUACAAUCUUCAUGGAAAUACAAUUUAUUUUCCUCUUUACUUUCAUUUAUCCAUUUGUUUUUAUAAUUAUUCUUAAUAAAUAUGUAAAGUUCAGUUUUUUAUGUUUUAUAAUGUUGCGUAGAUCAGGAUAUUUAUUUACAAAAUUAGUGUCUUACAAGAUUAGUACCACAGUUAGAAUUGAUUUCAAUGAUAUCAUUAUCAUCAUAUAGAUGAAUUGCAGUUAAGUGGGUGUAGGAAAUUCCUUUGUGAAAAAUUUUAUUUGAUUUUCAUAUUUUUUUCCCCAGCUGUUUCAUUAUAUUUUAUUUCACAAAUUCUAUUAAGCAAUGUGUACUGUUCAGUGUACUGUUCCAUGAUAAAUUUAAAUUACUUAUAAACAUUGUUUAAAGAUUAAUUUUCUAAAAUUAAGGAAUGAAACCUCAAAAAUAUGUAAAGAGUAACAAAAGAAAUGUCACCUAUUGAAGUUACAAAUGUACUUGAAAAUGAUGAUAAUGAAAUACACCAAAGAUCCAUGAAUCAUACCACAAGAUUUUUCAAUUAUUUAACUGAUUAAUGUGAGUUUCAGGCCCAUUUUUGCAGGAUAUUUUUAAUUUUUUAAAAUAAAAUAAUAAAUAAAUUUUAAUUAAUGAUUAAUAAGUUUAAAAUGUACCUAUUGUUUAUAUGAUUUUUUUUAUCAAAAGUUUUUUGAUGAAAAGAAAUAACCAAAGUCAAUUUCAGAGACACAAAUAUCUACAAUUACUUUUCAUCAGGGUUAGGGAAAAAACUGAUUUUUCAAAUAAAAACCUAGCAAGUGUGCUUUAAAUCAGGCUUUUGUUAAAAUGAGGAUUUUGAAAGAAAGUCUCUUCCUUUAAACCAUGUUUUUUGGUUUUAAUACUUUUUACACUAUCUGACCUUUUAGAAUUGAAUUUUGAUAUUAAUUGUCUUGAAAUAAAUGUCAUUUUACAGUAGUUUUUUAUUUAGUAAGAUAAUUCUCAAAAUCAUAUUUAGUCUUGACUGUAUAUUACAAAUACAAAUAAAAUAUUUACUUAACAAGUACAAUGUAUAAUAUCAGCAAUAAAUCAUGUGGAACAUACAUCCUGCACAUGCACAUCACAAGCCGAUGUUCAGUCCAAUGUGAGUAAAGUGGAUUGCAGGUGUGAAGGAAACAAAAGCAGCUGGAAAGAAAUUACCUCUCCCAUAUAGUAUUCUAUGCUCUGUGACUAAAAUUAUAAUAUUUCAACUGGUAUCGGGGGGGGGAAAGAAGUGAAAAAGAAACUGCACAUGUGACACAUCAACAUUCAAUAUGUAAGGAGUAAUGUGAAUAUUAAAAACAUCACAGGAAUAAGUAAUUGUGAUUCAAGUAUGCCAUCAAGUGUUAAAAGCAAUGUUUUUAAUUGCAAUUAUUAAAUUGAUUUUACACUACAUUACAUUUUUACUAAAUACAUUUUUAUGGAAACAUAAAUUUGUCAUAGUUGAAAUGAAGUUUUUUAUCAGUAUAUUAAAGUUCAUUAAUGAUAUUUAAAUGAGAAGAGGAAAUGUUUGAGAAAAGCUAGAAAAUGGAUAGAAGACAUCAAAGAAAUGAGUAGAUAAGAGAAGAUUAAUUUUGCAUUUAGUUCAGUUGUCAACGUAUACUAUUUUUUUACAGAUAAACUCGCUCUUCAAGGAUAAUUUUGAAUGAAUAGUUUUAACAUGUUAUAUUCAUUAAACAUUUGAGAUAUUAAAAGCCUCUUUAAUUGCUUUCUUUGGAUAUUAAAUAAUCAUUUCUGUCUUGUUGUUAGUGUAUGUAAUGUAGUUAUUAUGCAUUUCUUUUUGUGUGUCUAUUUUCUUUGAAACUAGUUUACCAAUUGACAAUUUACAUAUUAAUACCUGAAAUUUUUAAAUUAAUGAUAUAAACAUGUAAAUGUAUGCCUAUCCACAUAGAAGUGUGUAAUUAAUAAUUAUCUAUAUUGUUGUGUAUGCAAAUAUAUGUGUAAAUACGAUUUCCAAUUAACGAUUUUAAAAAUUGUUGACUUUAUCCUUACUCAAGUUUUGAUAUUAUGUUUUCUCUUAUAUAAUUUGUGGUUUUAGUGUGGGGAAUAAUUCUGGAAAAUAUAAUUUACAUGGAUAAUUCUAGUGGAUUAGAAUCAUAUUGAUAUGCUAAUUGAUACAAUUUGAGAGUCCAUAAUCCAUAGCAAUUUUGUGAAACCUAAUAAUUCAUAUUUAUUUAGAAGAGUACAGUAGUUUGGUUUUCUAAUGUGAAAAGAAAUGACAUCUUUAUAUUAAUAAUGUGUGAAUAUAUCUUAAAUAUUCUAAUCUUAUAUGCAUGUGUGUUUGCUAAAAAAAAUUAACAAACUUGCAUGCACAAGUAUGCUUGCGCAAGUGUGACUUUUUAGUGCCAAACUGUACCGUGAGGUGCUCUAGAGCACUUGCCUUCGUUUUUGAGACUAGACAUAACAAUCAACUGUGCAUUUUGGAAUUUAGACAAUAAAAAAAUUAAAUUGAAUCAGGUUUUCAGUAGGUUCAACUGACAAGCCUACUGUUCAUUUACAAAAUCUAUAUUGGUUUCUUUGACUUACCCAUGGGAUUCUUAGUUUUCAGCUUCGAUGACUAUUUCCAUUUCUUGUCCUUUCAGUUCAUUCUGUGAUCAUUUUCAAAGAAAAUUCAUCUUGUGAUAUUAAAAACAAAGUUGAUGAUGUGAUAAUGAAAUGUUUUGUAUAUUUUUAAUGAGAAAUUAUUGAAAUGUUGACACAAGUAUCAAAUUGAAUGAAAGUCUGUUAGCUGUAGAAAGUUAUAUUUUUUAUUCAAAAUUUUGAUUCUGAAGUUAUUUUUAGAUUUAAAAUCCUCUGAAUGUCAGUAAUUUCAUUUGGUAAAUAUAAAUGCUUCAUAGUUUUAAAUAAUUCUUGCUUUUGCUCUCUUUUGAUUGGAUGGAUCUUCCUAGAUCAUACUUCCCCAGUAGAUAACUGAAUGAACUUUAUUUUGGGCAUGUUUGCAUAAAGAAAGAAUGUUCAAAAUGGAGAUGAAACUUAAUGAAUAGUUUUGAUAUAUGAACGCAUACUUUUAGAUAUGCUUAAUGAAUUGUGCUCUUAGAUGUUGUUUUUAAUUUUUUCUUUUAAGGUGUUUUUGUAGUGAUUGAUUUGUAUGGCAAUAGAAAACCCUAUGUCAUGUAAUGUUUUGAUUUUGGAGUGAAUUCUAUUUCAGUUAUAGGUGUGUGGCAGUGGGUGGGGGCUGAGGCCAGAGGAGUCGGAUGUUCAGUUACUUUGUUGGUAGUUCUAUUCAAUCAUGUUGCUCGUUUGGUUAUGCCCGUUCGAUUAUUCACAUGGGAUAAAACAUUUCUUGUUAUCAAAUAUCAACAAUGGUUGUUGAUAUCUUUUAUUCUUAUUUCUCAAAGGAUAAUUAAUAUAUUAAUUGAACUGACUUUACUUGAGAAACUUAAUUUUUGAAGAUCAUCACAUUCAAGAGUAUUUUUAUUGAUUUGUAUGUAUGGUAGUUUAAUAAAUUGCCAGUAGUAACUUUUACAUGGAAGAUGAGCAAACUCCGCCUCUCAAAAAAACUGUUUAUUAAUGAGAUAUUCAGUAAUGGUUAUUGGAAGAUAAUUUUCAAAAUUAAUUUGUUCAUUAAAAUAUCUCAUUUUAAGUCUCUUUCGUCAAUGUCUAUAAAAAAUUCCGUUUUCUAAUUCACUAAUAUUUUCCAUUCUUUCCAGACUUCUCUGUUCCUACUUGAAAAAUGGAUUUUGAGUUUUCUUCAAAAUGUUUUUGGGCCCUUAAAUUGAAAUAACUAGUGUACUUAAAAUUCUUGUAUCUAAUUUCCUUUGAAUUAAUAUGAAUAGUACAGGUAUAAACGUUGAGGUAAUGAUGUUGAUUAGUAUAAUUGAUGUGUGUACCUAUUUACCUAUUUAAUAUUUAUUUUUAAAGGUGGUUGUUGGAAAUGAGAUCUUGAUUUGUGAUUGCAGUAGCCUAUCUAUUGUUUUUCUUGGCAGGAAGGAAUUCUGUGGUUGCUCAUGAUGGAAAAGCAAAGUAAGGAAUUGCCGAAGAGUAAUGAGAUGCUCUUGAAAUAACUGCACGUCACUUUCAAUCGCUAGCAUUUAUACUGGAUUCACUCGUGGAAAAUAAUUUAUUUCUGGAAAUGUGACAAGCGCUUUAUCCCCUUUGCGAAAAAAAUCAUUUGUAACCAAACCCACGGAUAGAAACACCAACUCCUGGAAGCAGCCAAAUGGCGCUGCCCUCGCGCCCCAAGAGGUUUACUGUGGCGUUUCCAAGAAAUGUUUUAAGAUUAUUUCCGGAAAGGGGACCUUAUUCGAAUUAUUCAUUCCACACUAUUUCCACAAAUUUCUACUUAUUUGUAAUUAUGAGACAGUAAUACAGAGACUUUAAGGAAUGUUUGACAUUUUGUAUUAAUACAUUUUUAUAUAUUUGAAAUGAUAGUAAAAAUUCAGGUAAGCUCGAAGUAAAGGUCGGAGGGGGAUGCAAUUAUCAUCUUAGUUUCACUAUCGAAAAUUAGUACACAUUUAUUUCACUCGAAACAUGUGGCAACAUGAUACGAAUGUGAAACCGAUAGUAAUGCCCUCUGAUGAAAGACCCAACAAUUAGGUAUAGAAAGAAUCGAUAUGCAUGGAAGUGAACCGACCGGAAUGAUCGUACAAAGUGAAUAUUAUUCGUAGAAAUUAUAGUCGCCUAUUUUGCCUUAUUGAGCUUAUGUAUAGUAAAAAAGUUCGACUUAGUAUUAGAAAUUUGGAGUGAAUUGGCUUGAAAAAUAAAAUGCAUGUUUAUGUAGAUUUGUGCAUGUAUACGUUGUUUGGUAUGGUAGCAGUGUUUCCAACUAAUGACGCGGGCUUUUUGUGUUGUGAAAUGUGAAUUUUAAAUGUCUGUUAAUAACUGUUUUGUGAUGUGCAGAAAAUUUUGUCUGUAAGAUUGUAACGUACAAUAAAUAAAAUGUCGCGUGAGUGUUUGCAUGUAUGCGGUGUUUAUUUUUAUUUUCCUUUUUUGUUUGUAGGGAAACGUCAAAAGAGAAACCUGCCACAACAGAUUUUUAACUGUGUGCUAUGAACAGCAUUUGUGUUGUUUUGAAAAAUAUAUCUCCCUGAGGACGUUAAAGAAUGCUAGCAUCAUUGGGUAACUUCGAGCCAGUUUCUCUGUGAAACUUACUAUAGUUUGAAACAGAGUGGUAUAGUAUACCAUCUUCACAAAAAUCUUAAAAUAAGAAUAAUGAAAUAAAAUCUGUUCCUAACAUUCACAUGCCACCAAAUUUAACAUAAAUUGAUGGGUGUUAUCACAUGGUGCCAGUAUUUGUACUGCCGUACAAACAUUAGGUCUUUGUGGCGGUUUAUUAAUGUACUUCUGAUUAUAAUGAAAAAAUAGUAGUAUUCAUUGAUACUUUCAUACAGCAUACAUUAUACUCCUAUUGGAAAUAAUUUUAUUUGUUUUUACUUCUUUAUAAAUAAAAAAACAAGUAUUCAAAAUACACUUACUUGCAUUGAUCUGGAAUUUUUCUUUAAUUCAUAGUUAUCUCUGCGAUUGUAGUUUUGUACCUUAAGAGAAUUUUGUGAGUAUAUAAGUGCUUAAGUCAAAGGGAUCCUCAUUGUAAUGAAACAAGGCUUCCUAAUUCCCAAGCUAGUGUAUUGGAUUGUAUGUAUUAUAUUGUUAUGCUAGAAUGUUGACAGUUACCAAAAAUAUGUUAUUUAUGAUCAGUUAUCUCCCAUGGUUGAUAAUUAAUUAGAUUAAAAUAAUGUUUUAUAUCUUAGAAGAGAUGGGAUUUUCAAAAAAUUGAAAAAUUUGUUCAUUGUUUAUUUAUUAAGAUGUUUAUUGAAAGAAAAUGGUAAUUAUAGAACUUAGCAUUAGGUAUGAUAAUUUAAACAUUCUAUCUUGCAUUUAAGUUAUAUCAAAGGUACUUUUUUAAGCAAAAAGCUCUUCUCAUUUACAGUUGUGCAAAUUACUAUUUGUAAUGGUAUAUGUUCUUGUUCCUUUCCUCUGGGUAGCAAAAAUAGGUCAUUGGAAAAUAUGCACAUAUUUUGUCACAUAAAUAGUAAUGUGUGAAUUAUUUCACACAAAAGUAAAUUUCCUUGCUAAUGAAUUACAAUGCAAUGAAAUGCAUUUCUUUUGUUGUCUGUUUUAUCAUUUCAUGAUUUUUUUAAAUAACUAUAUGCACAUGUUUGUUAUUUUCAUGCUAAUAAUUAUUUACAAUGCAUGAAGUAAACAAUCUGGUUUUCUAUUGCUCAAAUUGUAGGAAAAUAUUUUGAUACCUAAAAGUGAUUUAUUUUCUUAUUUUUAUUGAUGGAAAGAGAUGCAUCAAAUGCAAAUAUUUAAUCGUGUUCAAAGUAGAAUGUAUAAUUGCAUUCAACCAAUUUUUGAAAUUUCUGAAUGGAGGGCAUUUCUUCUCGAAAUUAUUAACAUUUUACUUUUGCUUCAGACUUGUGAAUUUCUUUAAAAUGAUUAUGGCAGUUCAUUAUUUAUCUAUUUAUACAGAAAUUUCAAAAGUAGUGUUGUUUCAAUUAUUUUUUAUGUAUUUUAAUUAGUUUAUGACAACAUUUUGAAUAUUGUAUUUGAUUAAAAAUGUGAACAAAAGUUAAUCUGAAUUCUUUACAUCGACGUGUAUAUAGAGUAUUUGUGAAUAUGAGACUGAAAAGCACAAGUAAUCUUGUUACUCGGUAAAAUGUCAAUUAGCUUUGCAUAGUAGGUUUGUAGUUGUAUGUCUACUGGUUGUUGUUAAGUGUGUAUGUAGUCUUGAUAGUGUUGAUAUAUUUAGUAAAUAUCUGUCAUGUGUACCUCAACACUAAGAAUAAUUGCUAUGAGACUUUGACACUUGCCUCAGUAAUGUACAAAAAUUGAAUUUCCUUAUCUCAAUUAAUAAAAAUGUGAUGGGAUACUGUUAUAUUGCAAAUUUUUCAGUAGCCAUUGUUCCCUUUUGUUGUAGAUAUGGCCUUUAGAAGCGUAUUAGAUUUUAGUAUUCUUAAAAAAAUACUGCAUUUAUACCUUUGUCUAUGGUACAUAGUGCAUGUGCCUUUAAUCAUGGUGAAAGAGUAUUAUUCAAGGCAAGCUUUUUGAAAUAUUCCUUUAGUGUAUUUAUAAUAAAUGUUUUGGUUUACGUAUGUUUUGUUUGUAAAAUUCACAUGGUAAUAAACUUUCAGUUCACACAAAUUAUGUGGGAGACUAUUAUCAACUUAUAUUUUUGAAAAUAAUAUAAUGUUCAGAAAAAAACGUGUUUAAAAUUGGGUAGAGAUUUCUUGAAAAAUUGACAGAGUGUCUGUAAAUUGUCUCAAUUUUAUGUAAGUUAAGAUUUUUUAAAAUAAAGGCUGUUAUUUUCUAUUCUAUUUUCUCUAUUUAUUCAUUAGUUUCUUUAUAUAAAUUUGUGUAUAUAAAUAAUUACAUUGAACAUUUAGGUACUAAUUCUGGUUAGAAAAUGGUUCAUAUGAGGAAAAUGCAAGUGAUGGAAGAUAUCAUAUACAUGAAUGUACUUGGGUAAGAUAUUUCCAGCAUCCCAGUAUUAAACAAUAUGUAAUUAGAUAUUAUGAAUUUUGUAAAAAUUAGAAGGUCCAAAAAGAUCAUGUUUUGUAGAUUUUGGCGCUGGCGCUUAACUCAUGUCGCUGUGGAGUACACAAAACCUAGGUAUUAAGGGAUGAGAACUUUAAAAUAAAGUUAUGCCCAAUGAAGACUUGCAAUGUUGUAUUGAGGAAUGUGUGUGCUGGCCGCUUUAUUUAUAACUUAAUUUACAAAAUUCUAAAUUUCCUGUCCUAAAAUGGUUUGUGAGCCUCUGGGGGUAAUUCUUUCUCUAGCAUUAGAACAUUUAUGGGAUGUCAUGUUGAUGGAGUCUUAUAAAUUGUAUAAAACCAUCAUCUUGUUGUACUUUAGUAUGUUUAUAUGUAUUAUAAGCAGUGCUCAUUUUAUACAAAUUUUAGGUCCUGGAACACCCCCCAAAUUAAUUUCUAAUUAAUUCUAGAAAUAGUUAUAUAAUUUAUUAAAUAUAAAUU